AUGGAAGAAAUUGCCGAGAAUUUAACUACAUCGCAAACUGCCAGACUAAGUAAUGCAUGGCUGGAUCUUCUGAAAAGUGUGUUUCUGAGCACUCCUCGGGACCUCCCUGAAAUCAUUCUAAUACUAUCUUUGAUCUGUACUAUUGGAGCAUUUUUGAACAUGCAUCUGAAAGAUUUCCCAAUUCCUCUUCCUGUGGUACUAUUUUUAAUUGGAUGCUGUUUUGAAAUCCUGAGCUUUAAGUCAACUCAGAUCCAGAUAUAUGCAGAUGCCAUACAGUGGAUGGAUCCAGACACAUUUUUUGGUAUAUUUACACCAGUAAUUAUCUUUAAUGUUGCAUUUGACAUGGAUAUAUACAUGCUCCAGAAGUUACUGUGGCAGAUAGUCUUAAUUACAAUUCCUGGAUUUGUGAUUAAUUAUACCUUAAUACUUUGGUAUCUGCAAUCUGUGAAUAAAUUAUCUUUGAAGACAGUCCCCUGGUUACUAUUUUCAGCUGUUCUUAUAAGUUCAGAUCCUAUGCUGACUUCCGCCGCCAUCAGAGACCUUGGUCUUUCUAGAAGCCUCACAAAUUUAAUUAGUGGAGAGAGUCUAUUGACUUCAGUUAUAUCCUUAAUUAUAUAUAGUGGUGUUGUGAAUAUCAACUUCAAGUCAAAAUAUGUGAACCGUACCCUAGCCCAUAGUGUCAUAUCUACAGCUUGGGGGUAUCUUAUCGAAAGCUUCUUGUUUGGAAUCCUAGCCACAAAGCUGAUCCAGCUAUGGAUAUCUACCAUUUUUGGUGAUGUCAAUCACAUCACUCUGAUCUUUUCGCUUCUCUACCUCAUCUUUUAUGUCUGUGAGAUAGUUGGAAUGUCCGGAAUAUUUACUGUGGCCACCAUGGGACUUUUUCUAAAUUCUACAAGUUUUAAACCAGGAGUUGGAGCAUUUCUCAUUGAAUUCUGGAAUUGUCUGUCCUUCGUUAGUUUUCUUAUGGUGUUUACUUUCAUUGGACUUCUAAUCCCUGCACACACGUAUUUAUACAUAUCAUUUUCUGACGUAUAUUAUUCAAUAAAUAUCUACUUCACACUGAUUAUUUUAAGACUUCUGGUCUUUUUACUAAUGAGCCCCAUUUUGUCUCGACUUGGUCAUGGGUUCACCUGGCGCUGGGUAUUCAUCAUGGUCUGGAGCGAGAUGAAAGGGACACCAAACAUAAACAUGGCCCUCCUGCUCGCCUACUCUGACAUUUCUCUUGGUUCUGAGAGAGAAAAAUCUCAAAUAUUAUUUCAUGGAGUGUCAGUAUGCUUAAUUACCCUGAUUGUCAAUAGAUUUAUUUUGCCAGUGGCAGUUUCUAAACUAGGUCUUCGUGAUGUAACAUCAACAAAACAUAAAUCUGUUUAUUACACAUUCAAACACUUUCAAGAGCUCACCAAGUCUACAGCCAUGGCACUCAAAUUUGACAAAGAUCUUGCUAAUGCUGACUGGAACAUGGUUGAGAAAGCAAUUAUACUUCAAAAUCCAUAUGAAUUGAAUCACCAAGAAACAACAGAGCAUCAGAAGGUGAAAUGUCCAGACUGCAACAAGGAAAUAGAUGAGACCCUCAACACUGAAGCAAUGGAGCUGACCAACAGGCGUCUCUUGUCAGCACAGAUAGCGAGCUACCAACGCCAGUACAGGAAUGAGAUUCUGUCCCAGAGUGCAGUGCAAGUGUUGGUAGGCGCAGCUGGAAGCUUUGGUGAGAAGAAGGGAGAAUAUAUGAGUCCUGAGACCAUAAAGAAGUAUUCUGAAAGCAAAAAAUUCCUCUCUUUCAUUAGAAAAUUACUACUCAACUGGGUGUAUAAUACUAAAAAAGAUAAAGGGGUUCCAUCAAGACACUUGUUUCUUCACUUAUGCCAUAAAAUAGUCUUUACAGAUGAAUUUGAGUACACUGGAUACCUUGCUGUAUUAAUGAACAUAUAUCCUAUGAUAAUCUGCUGGAUAUCCCGCUUAAAGGACAUCUAUAAACAUGAAAUAAAAUGUGCUAACUACUAUUUUCUUAACUUUUAUACUCUAGAGGCUCUACUUAAGAUGGCAGCAAUGAGGAAGGAAUUUUUUUCACACUCCUGGCUUAUGUUAGAGCUGGGGAUUACCUUAGUGGGCAUCAUGGAUGUAGUGCUUACCGAAACAAACUCCAUUAAUUACAAUUUGGACUUAACUGAGACGGUGAUCUUCAUGAAUGUAGUUCGACUCCUUCGGAUACUCCGCAUCUUGAAGCUCAUAACACCAAAGUUGCUGCAAAUAAUAGACAAAAGAAUGAGCCACCAGAUAUCCUUUCGGUAUGCUGUACUAAAGGGCUAUGUCCAGGGGGAAAUGGAUGUGCUGAAUAUAAUCGACCAGAUCACAAGUUCCAAACAGACUAAACAGAUAUUGUUAAUGCGGGUAACAAGGAAUAUGGAACGUGCCAUGAAAGAGUUAGGCUACUUAGAGUAUGAUCAUCCAGAAACUGCUGUCACUCUGAAAACCAAGGAGGAGAUUAAUGUCAUGCUCAAUAUGGCUAGAGAGAUUGUCAAGGCUUUCAGGUCCAAAGGAAUUAUACAUAAAGUAGAAGACGUUGAAAUUAACAAGUUAAUCAUGGCCAAAAAGUUUGAAGUGCUUGAACUACAGUCUGUCAUCCAGCCUCUCAACAUUGAAGAAUCCCCAUUCUAUAUCCCCUGGCUUGGUAAAGAUAUUGAGAUGAUAAGGUUUAUUCAGGAAAAAGCAAAAAUUCUAACAUUUGACUGUGGAAAUAACAUAUUUGAAGAAGGUGAUGAGCCAGAAGGAAUCUAUGUAAUUAUUUCAGGCAUGGUCAAGCUUAAAACGUCAAAGCCACAGCUGGAGUUGGAAAGAGUGCCCUUGGAGUCAGAUGUUAAAACUCAUCCACUACUUUACACAGAAUAUUUGCUCAGUGGGGAGAUAAUAGGAGAGCUAAACUGCUUGACUAAAGCACCGAUGCAAUUUUCUGCUACCUGCAAAACUGUCGUGGAGACAUAUUUCAUUCCCAUCAGUCACUUGUAUGAAGCUUUUGAGGAAAAAUAUCCUAACAUGAAACAAAAAAUGUGGCAGAAAAUUGGGCUUGGUAUUACUGCCCAAAAGAUCCGGGAACACUUAUCUUUUGAGGACUGGAACUAUAAGAUGCAGCUGAAACUCUGCAAUGUCUUCAUAAGGGACAUACCCAAGACCACUAAAACCGACAUCUAUGAUGAGACUGUAACCCACGUUGUUCUAAUCCAUGGAUCUGUGGAAGACUGCCAGUUGCGAAAAAUUUAUAAGGCACCGUUCCUAAUUCCUGUGACAUGCUACCAGAUACAAGGCAUCGAAGAGUUCACAAAAGUAAUGAUUAUUCAAACUUCAGUUGCUGUACGAAAAUUCAGAUGGAACGUAAAAAAGUAUAUACCACCUCAGAGAACUUCAAUGAAACCAGAUUUUAAAGAAUCACUUGAAACGCUGAAUGAAAGCUCUGGAGAAGAGAAGAAUGCUAAGAAGGAGGUACAAAAAAAAGAUGAAUUGCCUGAAGAAAAUAUUAAUACCUAA